UGUGGAAUUAGUUAUCAGUUGGUCUUUGGGUCCGUAAGUAUGGUUGUCGCUUUGCUGACCAGACAUUUAAAAUCGUAUAAAACCGUCGUUGGGUUAUUGCGCGCCGACCGGAAAACAGCCUUAUUGUUGAGCGGUUUCCGAUGUGAAGUUGUUUUAAGUUAUUGUACAAGUAAAAAACUACAAGUAGUUCCGUUUAUAUUGGCCGAUAUCGGAGAGGGCAUACGCGAAGUGACCGUUAAGGAAUGGCACGUGAAUGUCGGCGAUCAGGUUGUGGAGUUUGACAACGUGUGCGAGGUGGAAAGCGAUAAAGCCACCGUGACCAUAACUAGCCGAUAUAAGGGUUCGAUUCAGAAAUUACACUAUAAUGUAGGUGAUCUAGCCAAAGUGGGUGAUCCUUUGGUUGAUAUCGAGUUGGAAUCUGAGUUAGGUAUAGCUACGGAAUCAAAAAUUGAACCGGAAAUAGUAGCAACUAAUGUGGAAACUAAUGUUCGAACUCAACCAGCCGUUAUCCAACCUUAUAAUUUUGACAAAGUUUUGACCACUCCAGCUGUGCGUAGAAUAGCAGCCGAAAAAGGUAUAGACUUAAAAACUAUUAAAGGUAGUGGAAAAUAUGGUCGUGUGCUUAAAGAAGACCUUUUGGACGAAACAACAAAAUUGGUACCAAUUACUGGUUACAGAAAAUCUAUGCGCAAUGCAAUGGAUAUAUCUAAUACAAUUCCGUUGUUAGUUAUUACUGACGAAGUUGAUUUGACUAGACUGAUGGAAGUAAAAGCUCAAUUAGCACCUCAUGUAAAGUUAACCAUACUUCCAUUUUUAAUCAAGGCCACAUCGUUGGCACUUACUCUCCAUCCUUACAUGAAUUGUACCCCAACUGCCGAUUUCAACCAUUUGCGAAUGAACACUACACAUAACAUAGGAGUGGCAAUAGAUACACCUUUGGGACUAGUCGUACCCAACAUUAAGGAGGUUCAAUCAUUAUCGAUAAAUGAAAUCUCCGAAAAAUUAAAGGAAUUAAGAAUCAAAGCUAAUGCUGGAAAGUUGAGUCCAACCGAUGUUAACGGAGGAACAUUUACACUGUCAAACAUAGGAGCAAUAACAGGUUCCUCUUUUAAACCUAUGAUAAUGCCACCGGAAGUAGCAUUGGCUGCUUUGGGCCAAGUCAAGUACAGGCCUAGGUACAACGUAAAAGAUGAGCUAGUCAAAACUCCAGUCAUGAGCGUUUCUUGGGCAGCCGAUCAUAGAAUAUUGGAUGGUGCUACAGUCGCCAGAUUUUUUAAUGAUUGGAAAAUUUAUGUCGAAAAUCCUGCAUUAAUAUUAGCCAAUACUCAACUCUCUAAAAAUUAAAAAAGACUAAACGAAAAUAAAGUAAUGAUAAUUUAUAACUAUGUACACAUUUGUAUAAACGAUUUAUUUUAUUUUAUUUUUACGUAAUAAAUAUUUAAACUUAACAGA